CUGGCGUAGGACGCUCUCCACUUUCACUCUCGCUCUCUCCCCGCGCGACUUCUCUCUUGAAGUCCUAGCAAAGCGUAGCGCGCCAAAAAAAGCGCGCGCAAAAACAAAAAGCCAACUAACGGGACAAAAGUCGCGCGCGACUCGUAAGCUUGUUUACUUUGCCAUUAUAAAUCCGGCGCGCGCUUUGUUUGUGUUUGUGUUGAUUGCCCAAGAAAUAACAGGAACAAAAGCUAGUAAAACAAACGGGAAUUUGCAAAAACGGAAGCGUAAGAGGAAAAGUGUUGCAUUUCCGUCGCUCCGUCGAGUUGGUGUUUGCUGCUGCCAUUUGCUGUUGCCGUUAGUCUCUCCAUUGCCGUUAGCAUCUUGGUCGCGGCAAAAUGGCCGCAGGUGUUGCCCAAAAAAAUAAAAUAAAGUACAGGCGAACUUCUCCAAGUAACACCUCCGUUUGAAAUAUAGCUUAAAACUUUUGAAUGAUAUUGCAAAAGCUGAUCCUCAUAUAAUUUACCAGUGCUAAAACGCGUGUGCUUCCGCACUAGGAAACUUACUUCAUUUUUUAAUCGUUAAGCAGCAACAAUAGCAGAGAACUCGAAGCGAUUGGCAAUUAGCGAUAAACGAUAUCCCAGAAACGAUAAACGAAAUCAAAAACUGAUCAGCAGCCCCGGCAAUCUGCUAAAAAUGCUUAAAAUGCCGCUGCAGUUGAGCAGUCAAGAUGGCAUUUGGCCCCAUCAGGGGAAACAGCAACAACUUCAGCAGCGACAGCGACAGCGCCAACAACAACAGGCUUAUCAUCAUCUGGACCAAAAGCAAAAACAAGUGUUCCAAGGACGUUCGCCGGCGUUGCUGCCAGUGAUGCUGCUCCUCAUGAUGGCCACGCUCCUCACGCGUCCACUGAGCGCCUAUUCCAACCGAUUGUCGGACACGAAGCUGCACGAGAUCUAUCUGGACGACAAGGAGAUCAAGCUGAGCUGGAUGGUGGACUGGUACAAGCAGGAGGUGCUAUUCCACCUGCAGAACGCGUUCAACGAGCAGCACCGCUGGUUCUAUCUGGGAUUCUCGAAGCGCGGUGGCCUGGCCGAUGCGGACAUUUGUUUCUUCGAGAACCAGAACGGGUUCUUCAACGCGGUGACCGACACGUACACCAGUCCGGAUGGGCGGUGGGUGCGGCGGGACUAUCAGCAGGACUGCGAGGUCUUCAAAAUGGACGAGUUCACGCUGGCCUUCAGGCGCAAGUUCGACACCUGCGAUCCGCUGGACCUGCGACUGCACGAGGGCACCAUGUACGUGGUCUGGGCCCGCGGUGAAACGGAGCUGGCCCUGGAGGACCACCAAUUCGCCCUGCCCAAUGUGACUGCUCCCCACGAGGCGGGUGUGAAGAUGCUCCAGUUGCUCCGGGCCGACAAGAUACUUAUACCCGAGACCGAUCUGGACCACAUAGAGAUCACCCUGAAGGAGGCGCCCGUUCCCGACCGCGAGACGACCUACUGGUGCCACGUGCAGCGCCUGGAGGGCGAUCUCCAGCGACGCCACCACAUCGUGCAGUUCGAGCCGCUGAUCCGGACGCCGGGCAUCGUGCACCACAUGGAGGUGUUCCACUGCGAGACCGGCGAGCUGGACGAGAUUCCCCUGUACAAUGGCGACUGCGAGCAGCUGCCGCCGCGGGCCAAGGUCUGCUCCAAGGUUAUGGUGCUGUGGGCCAUGGGCGCCGGCACCUUCACCUAUCCCCCGGAGGCCGGUCUGCCUGUCGGCGGACCCGGCUUCAAUCCCUACGUCCGGCUGGAGGUUCACUUCAAUAAUCCGGAGAAACAGGCUGGUUUGAUUGACAACUCGGGCUUCCGCAUCAAGAUGUCGAAGACACUGCGUCAAUAUGACGCCGCCGUAAUGGAACUGGGCCUGGAGUACACCGACAAGAUGGCCAUACCGCCCGGCCAGACCGCCUUCCCGCUGAGCGGCUACUGCGUGGCGGACUGCACCCGUGCCGCUCUGCCGGCCACGGGCAUCAUUGUCUUCGGCUCCCAACUGCACACCCAUCUGCGCGGUGUCCGCGUCCUCACCCGACACUUCCGCGGCGAACAGGAGCUGCGGGAGCUGAACCGCGACGACUUCUACUCGCACCACUUCCAGGAGAUGCGCACCCUGCACUACAAGCCACGUGUCCUGCCGGGCGACGCCUUGGUGACCACUUGCUACUACAACACGAAGAAUGACAAGACCGCCGCCCUCGGGGGAUUCUCCAUCAGCGACGAGAUGUGCGUCAACUACAUCCACUACUACCCGGCCACCAAACUGGAGGUCUGCAAGAGUUCCGUAUCAGAGGAGACGCUCGAGAACUACUUCAUCUACAUGAAACGCACGGAGCAUCAGCAUGGCGUGCACCUGAACGGAGCCAGGUCGUCCAACUACCGGAGCAUCGAGUGGACUCAGCCCCGUGUCGACCAGCUGUACACCAUGUACAUCCAGGAGCCGCUCAGCAUGCAGUGCAACAGGUCCGAUGGCACUCGCUUCGAGGGGCGUGGCAGCUGGGAGGGUGUGGCGGCGACGCCCGUGCAAAUCCGCAUACCCAUCCACCGCAAACUGUGCCCCAACUACAAUCCGCUGUGGCUGAAGCCGUUGGAGAAGGGCGAGUGCGAUUUGCUUGGGGAGUGCAUCUAUUAGGGCCCUGUGCAUUGGGCAUUGGGCAUUGGGCAUAAGGCAUUAGGCGGAGGGCGUAAUCCCAAUGGCUGGCAAUGGGGGCGUGGCAAAAGGCACACAUACAGAAGACAGACAACAGCACACACAACAGCACACACAUCAGCACACACAUCAGCACACGCACACACGUAAUGAUUAUACGGGGAUCUUAACUUCAACAGUCGUAUUUCCAUAACCUGAACUAAAUCAUGUUUCAUUUUGUAACUUUAAAGUUUUUAUAAACUCAAUUUUUGUUUGCACAAAAUUCUGUUUUAAUCUGUUAACACACUUCUUUGAGAUACAAUGCUCUCAUGUGAAAUAAAUCCCAUGAUGAUUUUCAAAAACAAAUGAUACAAAAAAAAAUAAUUUAAAAACGGAAUGAGCUCCUAGUUUUGUUUGGUUUUUAAAUGACUUAGCAAAUUAAAAAACCAAAACUAAAGAAAAAAUCGAAAUCGAGAUCGCCUUGUUAUUUAUCAGAAGAAAAUUCUUUAAUCGUUACAAUUAAUACGGUGCUUGUUAUAAGUUUUCUGUAGUUAGGUUGCACUGUUAGUGUUUGAAAUACACAACCAUGUUCUUAAGAACUUAUUUAUAUUUUAUGUGAUAGGCUUAAGCUGCAAAAACCGAAUUUUUAUGGGCUAUGGAAGUUCGACUGUAGUCGCUCGGUAUUUACCCGUUCAUCUGGAUCGCCAUUAGCAUUAUCAACGUCCUUUUUGUGGGCUUGUGUGUGAGUGCGUGUGUGUGUGUGUGGGGCCAAAGUGAAAGCGCAAGGGCAACAGGCCAAAACAAAUGUUUUCACUCUUUAAAUAACUAAUGCAUUUACCAAUCCCGCCCAUGUUUUUCCCCCUUUUGCUUUUGCUUUUGCUUUCGCCUUUGCCUUUGCCUUUGUCUUGUGUUUGAGUUUGAGUUUGUGUUCGUGCCCUUUGCCCUUGUUGUCUUGGCCAGCCUUUGAAAUUUGCCGACUGACAGCGCCGCCAGGCUAAAACGUUUAACACAAAGCAGCUUACAAGGCAUGGCCCACACACACAAACUCACGCACACACGCAGAGAGAUACAAGCACACACACUAACGCACCCGCACUGAACUGGGCUCAGACUAAAUUGUAGCAUACUUCUCGGCGGCAGCUGAAAAAUUAAAAGGCCAACUGACUGAAUGGAACGGAACGGACUUAAAUGAACGAGACAAACUGGCCGGAACCAAGAGGGCCAAGAAAAUGGGUUGACUGCGGACUGGGCACUGGGGACUGGGGGACUGUUUAUACAAUAUAAAUGAGCAAACUUUUGAUGCAACCCGACGUUGCCAAGUCUAAUUACCAAGAAGCGCGAAGAAGACGCGCCAAGGAGAAAGGGCGGACAAAAAUCUGAAAAAAAUAGGAAGAUUGCUAUUGGUAUAUAGCAUCUUAUUGGAAAUGUGGAAAGUUGGCACCACUUAGGAUGGGGGCAAGGGAUCAUGGGACAUGGUAGAUGGGCUACCAGCAGCCAGGAGCUUACCACAUGUACCCAUGUAUUUUUGAAUACCUAUCCCUCAAUAUUUCACUUUCAUCUAACUCACACAAAUGCACCCACGCACACAAACACACACACACACACACACACACAUAUACACUAAAUCUACAUUUGAGUAAACAUGUAAUGGAUACGUUUAAGUGUAGCCAACAUACAUAUGUAAGAUGUGAUAAUUGUUCUAUGGCUAUAAAAGAAAUAUAUAUACACAUGAAUAUAUAAACUAUGUAGAUGAAAUAUUUAUAAAAAACAAAAACGAAUCGAAAGCGAAACCAAAAAAAAAGUAAAAUGUAUAAUUUAUCUAAUAAAAACUGA